CCAAUCCAAUCCGAUCCUUACAAUCCAAUCCAACCAAAUUGUCCGUGAGGACUCGGGGGUGGCCACGUGAAGUGCACAUGUGCAAUGUAAACAUGCCUCUGCAGCGAUUGACCCGACUUACCCGUGUUUUGACGACAAACUGCCCAGCUUUGUAUAUCUCCCGGUUGGCGGGGAGCGAGCCGCCGUACAAGGCCCCGGACCACGAGGCGCACAAAGGCGUUUGGGCGUCCAGCGAGAGCCCGGACUACACGCAGGUGGAGGAGGUCCAGGGCCACUGGCACUUUGUGGAGCGGCUGCUGCCCCUCCGGGUGGUGCCCGAGCCCCCCAAGCACGACGGACCCGCGCCCUCCGGCUGGCGGCCGCCCCUGCCUGAGGCGCCGCCGCUGCCUUACUUCGUGAGGCGCUCUCGGAACCACCUCCUCCCCGUGUACGUCCACUCGGAGAUCCGAGGUCCCCGGUUCAUCACGAGGGUGAGGAACGUCGAGGGCGACUUGUGGGCCCUGCACAACGACCUGAAGAAGCACUUGGAAGGGCUCUGUGGGAAAGAGGUCUUGUCCCAAGUCCACGAACUGGGCAGUUAUGUCGGCUUCAAAGGGUGCCUCGAGGAAGAGCCAGUGGCUGGCGUCGCAAAGCUAAGUUUGAACGUGCAUUCUCUAGAGAGCAAUGGAAACGGCGACGACGGCCAGGAGGAAAAAGAGUUUGAAUGGCCGUGCAGAGCCAUGUCGGACGAAGUGUACCCGAAUGACACCCCCUUCGUGAAGCUGGCCUGCGACGUGGCCUUUGAGAGCCUGACUGAGCGGGAGAAGUGCUAUGCCCACUACCUGUGCAGGGCUUCCUGGUACGGCGGGCUCAUCGUGCUCUUCCAGACGUCCAAGGAGAGCCCUCUCAUCUUCCUUCUGCUGGAGCGCCUGUUCCGGUCCCAGGACCUGGACUCUCUACGAGCUCUAGCUACGGAGCAGUGUGGCUUCGACGAAGAGGACUUCAAGGCAUUGCUUGUGUAUGCUGCUGCCUUCUAUGCCAACAUGGGCAACUACAAAGGCUUUGGGGACAACAAGUUUAUCCCAAACUUGUCGAAGGAAAAGCUGCACAAGCUGGUGACUCUGAGCGAGGCUUCCAAGCUGGACCCCUCCACGAUGGACUUCCUCUGGUCCCACUUGUCGGGCCCGCUGUACUCUCUCGGGGACAACGAGAAGCACCUAGGGUUCCCUCCAGCGGGCACCACAACAUACUUUUCAAAGAACUGCACCAAGCACGACUCUGAAGUGGUGGGAAAGUUCUUGACGGAGAAGGGGAUCGAGGGCUACAUCACCAGGGUGUUCAAGAAGGCCACGGAGGCCGGGGACCAGGACUGCUACGAGAUCCGCUACGCGUCUGUGCUCACUUCAGACGACCCCGAGAAGUCUGAGCUGUUGGGCUGCGAGCUGAUGGACAAGGGCCGGGUUUGCUUCACGCGUGGCGACUACUCGGGACUGCUCAAGCUGACCGUCGACAAUCUUCGAAAGGCUCAGGAGUGUGCGGCCAAUGAGAACCAGCGCCAGAUGCUGGGCAAGUACAUUGAGAGCUUCACGGUGGGGUCCUUGGACGCGCACAAGGACGGCUCCCGCUUCUGGACCAGGGACAAGGGCCCCAGCGUGGAGUCGUACAUUGGCUUCAUCGAGACAUACAGAGAUCCCGCAGGCAUGCGAGGAGAGUUCGAAGGGUUCGUGGCCACGGUGAACCGCCCGCAGAGCGAGAAGUUUGGUGCCCUGGUGGAACGGGCCGAGUCCCUGCUGCGGCUGCUGCCCUGGGCCCAGCCUUUCGAGAAGGACCAGUUCCUCCGGCCAGACUUCACCUCCCUCGACGUGGUGGCCUUCGCUGGCAGUGGCAUCCCCGCGGGCAUCAACAUCCCAAACUAUGACAGCAUCCGCCAGAACGAGGGAUUCAAGAAUGUGUCCCUCGGAAAUGUGAUCAACGCAGAUGACAAGUCUUCCAAAGCCAACUUCCUCUCUCCAGAAGAUGAUGAGAUCUUCAACAAGUACAAGAACGGCUCUUUUGAGGUGCAAGUGGGUCUGCACGAGCUCUUGGGCCACGGCAGUGGCAAGCUCUUCAUGCAGCACAAGGACGGCUCCUUCAACUUCGACAGGGACAACGUGGUGCUGCCCGCCACCAGGUUCUCUUCCCUUCCCGAGCACAAGGUGACGAGUUGGUACAAGGACAACGAGACCUACGACUGUGUGUUUGGUCCACUGGGCUCAUCCUACGAGGAGUGUCGGGCGGAGUGCGUCGGGCUCCACCUCUGCACCAACGAGGACGUGCUCAGGUUGUUUGGCUUCGAGGGCCAGGAAGGGCAGGACGUGGCAUACGUCAACUGGCUUACCAUGGUUGUCAAGGGCGUCGAGGGCCUGCAGACCUACAACCCUCGCACCAAGACCUGGCUGCAGGCGCACUCUCGGGCCCGCUACGUGAUAAUGCGCGUGCUGCUGGAGGCCGGCGACCUGGUGAAAAUCCAGGAGACGACAGGGGAAGACGGCAAGCCGGACCUGCUUGUGAGCCUUGACCGGAGCAAGAUCCCUUCGGUCGGUGCCCCGGCUAUCGAACAGUUCCUCCUUCAACUGCAGCUGUACAAGUCGACGGCGGACGUGAAGUCUGCCACCGAGCUGUAUGAGCGGUACUCUGACGUGAGUGCCGACGAGCCCCACCCCUUCCUCAAGUACUGGGACAUUGUGAUGGCGCGCAAGAAACCCAGGCGCAUCUUCGUCCAGGCAAACACCGUCUUGGAAGGGGACAAGGUGCAACUGAAGAGCUACGAAGCUUCGCCCGAAGGGCACCUGCAGUCUUGGCUGGACCGCUUCGCCUGCAGUGCCAAGGACCUAGACAGGAUCAUCCUGGAAACCUGGAAGAAGGACCAGGACUACUUCUAAUCUUCUAAGCAACGUUUUCUGAACUGCCAUCUUCUUUUUGUCUCGUUUUUUCUCUACACGCCCAUAUGAAGGCUGCUGUAGAAAACAUUGAGAGCAGGAAAUACUUUGAACUUUUCUAAGUGGCCAGAUACUCUGCUUAUAAAUAGCGAGUCAUAUGAAAUUUUGUUUGAAAGGCAUCUGUAAGUAUUCUUUCUGCAGGGUGUCCGUGUUGUCCGGAUUUUAUUUUCUGAACAAUCUGCCGCAUUUUGGCGUAAUGAUGGCUUUUGAUGCCCAAUUUAGGUGUAAUCUUUUCUAUGAUACAUUUGAAAAUAAAGGAGUGCACUUUGCUUGACAAA